AUGAUGUUGGUAUUUGGAAAAGUGGAGAAUGUAGACUUGGCCGAUGGUCCAGUCAAAUCGGAGAAGAACUGUAUUGAUGGCUGUUUCAGUGAGACGGAUUGUGUUGUGGCAUACAUGAAUUCAAAUGGGAACUGUAUCUCCUUCAAUUACAAUUAUGAAAAAAAGCUAUCAGUGACUGAAACUACUAAAUCAGAGGGAUUGAAAGUUGCGAUCAAGACUAGUUUCUCCCUUACCGAAUGCCCAUUUUAUGAUCAGUUAGAAAUGAAUGUGAAUGAAAAUGACGAGUCUAUAUCAUGGAGAAGAACUUCCAAUGGAUGGACCUUCAUGAGAUGCAUUGAUAACUGGACAAUGUUCACUAGGAGCAAGACAUCUGUUGUUUGUAUGCAAACAUUUCCUAUAGCAAAAGGGGUUACAAAAAAUGAAUCCAUACAGUUUUGUGAGGAAAUGGGGAUGGGAUUCAAAUUGACCGGGGUUGCUUCUGCAGACGAAACACAAUGGAUAGUAGGAAGAAUACAAGUUGUUGAAAACUGGCAAGGAUAUUGGAUAGACGGGGAGAGAAUACCUGUUGACGGCAAUCAUUUUGAAUGGACUGAUGGCUACACUAAAGGAAAUUCUGCAUUGAGUUCCAGCAAUGCAGCGCUUUCCGGCUGGGAUUACUAUAAGACAGUCAGAGAAAAUUGUUUGAGCGCAGCCAGAAUCGAUGAAAGUUCCCAAACAAUCAAUGAUGUGUCAUGUGACGAUGCUGAGAAUCAAUUUGGAACUGUCUGUGGAUAUCAGUUGAUUUGA